AUGGCGUCGAAGAAAAGGGAUCAUGGCGCUCAACCCGACAAGAAAAAGAUGCUGAUCAUCGCCGGAAUCCGCCACCAGUUACUGCUUCUCCUUCGCCGCCGUCACCGUCUGUUCCCGCUGGUCUCUGCCGUCUCCGGCUGUCUCCUCCUCCUCUUCCUCUUCUCGUGUUCUUUCCUUUCUCCUCCUCCCGUGAUCCAUCCCUCACCACUACGCCGGAACAAUCAAGUGGCCGUGGAACCCAAUGCAGAUCCCACGACGCAGUUUCUUGUACCCGAAAAGAGCGGAAGAUCGGAUCGGCAGUUAUGGGGCUCGAGAUUGUCCAACUUAUACUAUGGCUGCAGCAAUGCCACUGGCGCCUUUAACGUUUUGGAUAAGACAACAAGUCAAUCAGAUCGAUAUCUAAUGAUCGCGACAAGCGGAGGGUUAAACCAACAGCGAACAGGGAUAAUAGAUGCAGUAGUUGCGGCUUACAUUCUAAACGCCACUCUUGUGAUCCCUAAACUUGACCAGAAAUCAUACUGGAAGGACACCAGCAACUUUGAAGACAUAUUUGAUGUUGAAUGGUUCAUAUCGCAUCUCUCCAAGGAUGUCAAGAUCAUCAAGGAGCUUCCUAAAGAGCAAGAGCCAAGGCUCGUAGGGCUACAGUCCAUACGUGUCCCCAGGAAGUGCACACCCUCCUGCUACAUGGAGCGUGUUCUGCCCGUUCUUAAUAAGAAGCAUGUUGUACAACUCUCCAAAUUUGAUUACAGGCUGUCCAACAAGCUGGAUACAGAGCUACAGAAGCUGAGGUGUAGAGUGAACUACCAUGCGCUGAGAUACACAGAGUCUAUCAACCGGAUGGGCCAAAUCCUGGUUGACCGGAUGAGGAACAAAGCCAAACACUUCGUUGCCCUCCAUCUCCGGUUCGAACCUGAUAUGCUCGCCUUCUCCGGAUGCUAUUACGGGGGAGGUCAGAAAGAGAGACUUGAACUCGGAGCUAUGAGAAGAAGGUGGAAAACGCUACAUGUGAGAAAGAUGGAGCAUCACUUGAUUACCACAUACACAGUAGAUAUAUAUAUAUAUAUAUAUAUAGCAACAGCAACUCUUCAACUCUGUUUUGCAAUGUUGCAGGUGGCAAACCCUGACAAGGAACGGCAGCACGGGAGAUGUCCCCUGACGCCUGAGGAAAUCGGCCUGAUGCUGAGGAGCUUAGGCUUCGGGAGAGAUGUCCACUUGUACGUUGCAUCAGGGGAGGUGUACGGAGGGGGGGAUACACUGGCACCUCUGAGAGCUCUGUUUCCGAAUCUCCACACAAAAGAGACAUUGACCUCCAAGAAAGAGUUGGCUCCUUUUGCGCGCUUCUCAUCACGCAUGGCUGCUCUUGACUUCGUCGUCUGUGAUGAGAGCGACGCUUUUGUCACCAACAACAACGGCAACAUGGCUAGAAUCUUAGCUGGAAGAAGGAGAUACUUGGGACACAAAGUGACCAUCCGUCCAAACGCCAAGAAACUGUACAGACUCUUCACAGACAGACACAACAUGACAUGGGAUGAUUUCUCAUCAAAGGUCCGGAGAUACCAGAAAGGGUUCAUGGGGGAACCAGAUGAAAUGAAAGCAGGAGAGGGCGAGUUCCACGAAAACCCGACCUCCUGCAUUUGUACAACCUCGGAGGCAAAGGUCAGUGAAAGAGCAGAUGAGCAUGAGUCGAUAUGGGAUAAGUCAGUUCCAGAUGUGAUCGUCGCAUGGAUCACAACCUUCCUGAGCAAUGUCGGUGAUCUGAACGGCGGCGUCGUAGGUCCUACCAGCUUCCCAGUUGGCCGGAAGAACCCUCUGAGACCAGACCACUUUGCCGUCGUAGCCAGCCGUGACCACGAACCGGAACUGAAGAGCUCCGGUGGGAACUUUGUCAGUGACCCAGACGGCUCCGUGGCUUCUGGUCAUGUAACUCCAGCGCGAGGAACCAACCUGAGCAAUGUCGAUGGCGACCACCUCGGUUUGGCCACCUUGGUACAAGAGCUUAAUGGCCAAGUAAUUGGGCUUUUUGCUCGAUUCUUCGACCCUCACAUUCAUCAUCUUCCUGUUUCCGUAAUCGCAAGGAACUCGGUGGUAUUGAAUGUCGACAAGGCCUUGUCUGAGAAGAGCUCUGUCGGCGCCAGCAAGAGGCUUAGCCAUAGCCCUGAAGGCUCUGCUGCUGAGGACGAGAUCGGUGUGGUUGCUCGUGUUAAGAUCCGUGACCAUCACGGUGGUUCCUUUGGUGGUGCAGAGCGUGGGGUCGUUGCAUCGGACCUGGAAGCAAGCACCGCAGCCGGCGCCGUCUUUGUAGAUGGAAGGCAUGGCGGCGGCGAUGUGACCGGCGAAGAAACCGGUGGCCAUGGAGCCAUAAGCACAAGCUCCGGCUGCAAGGAAAGGAUGGAUGAGAAAGAAAGAAGAGAGAGUAAAAUUAAAAGGAGCAAGGGAGAGAGUGAAUACAGGAGAGAGCAGAGGCAGAGGAGAAAUAAGCAGCCUUAG